CCGAGACCGAGAGUGCAGACAGGUAGCGCGCAUCAUAGUUCAUACCAUGGCCGCUAAGCAAAGUUCGCCGGUGGCGAAGACAAGCGAGGUUGGUCCGUCGAGCGCUCUGGCCUACCUAGACCCUCACUACUGGGACGAGAGGUUUUCAUCUGAGGAGCAUUACGAGUGGUUCAAGGACUAUUCUCAUUUCCGCCAUCUCAUUCAGGAACAUGUGAAACCUAAUGCUUCUGUCUUGGAGCUCGGGUGUGGAAACUCCCAGUUGUGUGAAGAAUUAUACAAAGAUGGGAUUACUGAAAUAACAUGCAUUGAUAUCUCAGCAGUUGCUGUGGAGAAGAUGCGGACACGGUUACUAGCCAAGGGAUAUAAAGACGUCAAAGUUCUGGAGGCUGACAUGCUAGACCUGCCCUUUGGCAAUGAGUGCUUCGAUGUGGUUAUUGAAAAGGGAACCAUGGAUGUAUUGUUCGUGGACAGUGGUGAUCCAUGGAACCCACGACCUACAACUGUGACCAAGGUAUUGGCAAUGCUUCAAGGUGUUCAUAGGGUUCUGAAACCUGGUGGGAUUUUCAUCUCAAUUUCUUUUGGUCAGCCACACUUCAGGCGUCCAUUGUUUGAAGCUCCAGAGUUUACCUGGUCUAUCGAAUGGAAAACUUUUGGUGAUGGAUUCCACUAUUUCUGCUACAUCCUGAAGAAGGGGAGGAGAUCAACAGAUUGCAAAGGAAUAAACCAGAGAAUUGACGUGCCAUCUAUUUGUUUACUUCACGAGGAGUUAGAGAAUGAAGAUUAUAUUUUUCGAACCAAUGUUGGUGAGUGUGAUAAUUAAAUAUCAAUGUAACUUUUCAACACAUAUAACA